AUGCAAUUUAGCGAGCGAGCGUCGCUAAACACCCUUGUCGAAAAUAACAACACUACACGGAACACGAACACACUCGUUGCCGAUCAGUCGCAACGCAAAACCACCGGUUAA